AUGAAGGAGAAACCAUCUCAAACUGCACAAACAUCAAAUGAAAGAUAUCAUCCCUACAAUGAAAGUAAUACGAAAGCCAAUGGUCGUUCAACACCAAAUCAUGUCAGUAAAAUAGUAGAUAGUCAUGGCCAUUCUGAUCGGAUAGCCUCUUUAUCGGAGGUUCCACAAAAUGAUCACCAACCAACACUAAAUGUAUCAAUGAUGGAUGAUGAACAAUUAGAUGAAUUGAACGUUUCUCAUCGAAUUUAUUCUAUUCACGAAGAUAUAACUUCAACACCAACGCCUGAAGAAUAUAUUUCAGAUUUAGCUAAAUUUGAUAGUCCCUCUCAGGAUAUUGUAAUUUAUAUGUGUGGCCAAUUAAUUCCAUAUGAUAUCAUCAUGUACAUUCUUCGAUUCUUAGAUUUAAGAAAUAUUGUAAUGGCAAGGUUAUUGAGCAAAAAAUUAUGUCAACAAAUUGAAGAAGAUAGAAAUGGAAUCCUUUGGAAGCAUGUUACGAAAAGACAUGAAUGGCUCUCAAAUUUGUAUAACAAGAAUUUAAUUUUAAUGUUAAACAAAAGAAAGCACAAAUGGAUGAGAUUCUUAUCGAUAUUUGCAGAGAAUGAAUGUGAAUGGGAAAAUUCUCCCAAUUACCAUGAGGAUGUUGCAAACAAAUUGAUUCUUUGUAGCAACCCAUUUGAAGCUUCAGAAAUAGUGCAAGGAAAAACUAUUUCCUCAACAACAUCAAAAAAAUAUACAGCAUUGAUGAUGGACGAGUUGAAAAAUGUUAGUUGUGCUUCGAGCUAUCCAAUCACAUGCAAUACUGUCAAGUUUUUUGAGGUCACUGUAGACAAAAAAAGCUUGGAUUGGAAUAUUGGAAUUGGGCUAGCUCAAAAAGAUUUUCUUCUAUCUAAGAGAAAAUUCGUUGGUUUUAACGCUCAAAAUUUUGGCUAUUCCUCAAAUGGUUAUAUGAGACACUAUUGCACACGUACUCAAAGCAAUUAUGUUCAGCAUGCAGGCUUUCCAUCUUAUGGCUCUGGAGACAGGAUUGGAAUCUUGGUGGACAUGCCCAGUGGAAAUAUAAACAUUUAUUUAAAUGGGAGAUACUUGUACAAAUUUGAGAAAGUUUUAUUGGACCACCAAAUACCACUUCGCGUGGUGGUGACUCUUCAUAAGCGAUGUGAUCAAGUAACACUAUCACAUCAACAAGAUUGCAUGUUUGAUGUUGAUUCUCUUGUACAAAUCUAUGACUCCGUCGAAGAGAGCUUUGAAUUUUACAUGAACGGGUUAAAGAAAGCAAAAGAAAAUUUCAUGAACCAGGUCCAUCACUUACUGUCUACAUGUGACAGAGUGGAAGUUUAUGAGAUGCUUACAUCUCUAAUAAGCACCAAACUCUUCGGCUAUUCGGAAAGAUAG